AUGAAGUGCAGCAGCCUCCUCCCCAUUGUGGUGCUUUUUGCCCUGGGAACCCUGGCAUCCUGGGUUGUGGAAGGCUCUGAAAAAGCAUCUGCGAAAAUUGGAGCCUGCCCUUCUAGAAAACCUGCCAAAUGCCUUGUGUAUGAGAAACCUGCAUGCAAGUCUGACUGGAAUUGUCCAGGCAAGAAGAAAUGUUGCCGUGACAAUUGUGGCAUAAAAUGCUUAGCUCCUGUUGCCAUCUCGAAACCAGUAAAUAAGAAGCCUGGAAAGUGCCCAGUGGUUAAUGCUCGGUGUAUGAUGCUUAACCCCCCCAAUCGCUGUGAGACCGAUGGCCAGUGUGAGCGUAACUACAAGUGCUGCGAAGGCAUGUGCGGGAAAGCCUGUAUUCUUCCUGUGGCAGCUUGAUUCUCAUCAUUUGGAGGAGGCGCUGGAUUUGUGGGGUCUGGGAAUUACCUCUCUGAUCCCAGGUCUGAUCCUUGGGCGACUAAUUUGAUUCUAUCACCAGCAUGUUGUUUCAGCAAGUGCUUGGCA